AUGACUAAUCAAAAACAGAAUAACAUAACCAAUCAAUCUUCAUCUGAGAAUAUAAUUGAACAAAAUAUUGAUCAAGACACUGAAAUGCUGUCAGAAAAUAAAGAAUCAGUCUUUCCUGUUUCUGAAUCU